AUGAAUGUCCUCAUAUAUUCCGGCCAAGGUACUACUCCUGAGAGUGUGAAACAUUGCUUAGAAACAUUUAGACUUAUUCUUUCUCCUUAUUAUUCUGUUACUAGUGCAUCUGCUAGCACUCUUAUCGAGCAGCCUUGGGAAGGGAAGACUUCGCUUUUAGUUAUCCCGGGAGGAGCCGAUUUGCCUCUCUGUCGAGCAUUUAAUGGUGAACCGAAUAGAAAGAUCAACCAGUUUGUUAGACAUGGUGGUAAGUUCAUUGGAUUCUGUUCUGGUGGUUAUUAUGCUUCGCAUAGAUGCGAGUUCGAAGUGGGAAACCCUUCUAUGGAGGUAAGUGGAAGUCGAGAGUUGGGCUUUUUUCCGGGAAUCUGCAGAGGCUGUGUUUACAGGGGAUUCUCGUAUGGAUCCGAUGUUGGUGCUAAGGCUGUCGAAAUGACAGUGAAUGCUGAUAACUUACCGGAAUACGGCUCGACAAAUGUCCUCAACUAUUAUAAUGGGGGAGGACUUUUUGUUGAUGCCCAGAAGUAUCCAAACACCGAAGUUCUAGCCUCUUAUACUGGUAAGGUUGACGUUGAGGAUGGACCUGAAGGAACUAAGGCUUCCGUGAUAUUGUGUACUGUGGGGAAAGGUAGGGUGUUGCUUACUGGAACACAUCCAGAGUUUACUCCUGAUUUACUUCACGAGUCUCCUGAAUUCCCCACGGUCUCUCGUGAUAUUAGGCGGUUAAGGGCUACAAAUACUCAAAGACUCAAAUUUUUGAGGACUUGCUUAAAGCGAUUAGAUCUUCAUGUCAACGAGAGAGACACUGCUAGGCCCUCACUCACCCCUAUCUUUCUCACGAGCGUAGACCCUUCCGAAACUAUAUCUCUUGUGAACCGAAUAUCUCAGAACACCACACACGUUAUUGACAAUAUCAUUGAUGGUGGCAAGGAUAAAUUUGGGCUACAUGAUUCUUUAGACCGAUUGGCAUCGUUCCAUCAAAAAGAAGGAUACGAAGACCCUGAGAUUGCCAUCAAGGAGAUUUUCCCAUGCAUUCACGGAUAUCCUGAUACAAAGCUCACUCCUUAUUUCAAUUUUAAGCAUUAUUAUGAAGUCUUGAACCAAUCAUACAGCCAACUGGGCAUUGAAGAAGAGUUUGGAAGAAUGUUCAUGUAUCAGGAAGUUACCUCUUCGACAACUACACUUAUGGAUUCUAAUAUCCAUCUAAUGAAGUGUCUUCCUCACGGAUUCACUAUUCAUGGAACUGUCCAGGUUUGCGGCAGAGGACGCUCGGGCAAUUAUUGGGUCAAUCCGGUUGGAGUUAUGGCCGUUUCUACAUUACUGAAGCUUCCGCUUUCGUCUGCAAACCGAUCACCAAUCGUCUUUAUUCAGUAUCUUUCCAGUAUGGCCCUUGUGGAGGCCGUCUUACAAUAUGGACCAGGGUAUUCGGAGGUUCCUCUUCGCAUCAAAUGGCCCAACGACAUUUAUGUUAUGCCCCCAAAGUUCAUAGGCCAAAACAGAAAUACACCUAUCGAUACAGACGAAGCUACUUACACCAAAGUAGGCGGAGUUAUGGUGAAUGCAAAUGUAAUAGACAAUCAAUAUUACCUUGUGGUUGGUACAGGAUUCAAUGUGUCCAAUGCAGCUCCAACCACUUCCGUUAAUAUGGUGAUAGACUCUAUGAACAAGUAUUGGGGGGAUAAUGGAAUCAGUAAGAGCCUCGAUAGAAUAGAAACUGAAAGGCUCCUUGCCAAAUAUCUCAGCAUCUUCAAUGGCAUGUUCAACACCUUCCGUGCUCAGGGUUUCGCACCUUUCCUUAGCAAGUAUUACCAGAUGUGGCUUCAUUCUAAUCAGAUCGUUCACAUAGUCUCAGAAGGCAAUGCAAGAGCACGGAUAGUGGGAAUAACUCCUGACUGGGGUAUGCUUCUCGCCAAAGAAGUGGAUACUAACGAUCGACCUACAGGACAGAUGUUCGAACUUCAACCGGAUGGCAAUUCAUUCGAUAUGUUUAGAGGAUUGAUCUCAAAAAAGAAGUGA